AUGACAAGCGACGAUCAGUUCUUCUUCGACUAUCUUGCGUCGAUACCCCAUGACGUAAGGCGAUAUUCCACUCAGGUUGCCGACUCAAUCGACCAGCAAGUCGACCAGGCAGCCACCGCAAUCCGAAAUACACUGUCCCAGCAAACCUGGCUACCGUCGCAAGUGCGCCCGUCGAUUCGCCAAGCCCACAAAAUGCGCCCGCGCGGAUUCACAGACCGAGUGCAGGACUGGAUGACUCGAAACCGUGCGUGGACGGCGGCUAUCAUCGCGUUUGUUGGUACUGGAGUUGUUUUGUGCUACGGCAACAAGAAAUUGAACGGGAAGAAGAGGAAGGCGAGAAAGGCCGGGAAUGGCGCGCGGAAGGAAAUUGUCGUGAUCGCUGGUUCGCCUCAUGAGCCCAUGACACGCGCUAUUGCCGCAGACCUGGAACGCCGGGGAUACAUUGUCUAUGUGACGGUUUCCUCCGCGAACGAGGAACAUCUUGUUCGGGCAGAAAACCGAGCUGAUAUCAAGGCACUUUGGCUAGAUUUGACGACUAAGAACACUCCCAACUCAUCUGAGCUGCAUCCGUCAUUGCAUGAGCUCCGAUCCUUGAUCACCCAGCCCCAGUCUCCUCAUCCGGGCAUGCCUCCGCACACUUGCCAGCUGAGCGGCGUGGUUAUCUUGCCCUCCCCCAACUUCGCCGCAGGCCCCGUCGCAACCAUCCCGGCCUCAUCGUGGGCCGACACUGUCAACAGCCGCCUUCUUUCUCCCAUUCUCACCGCGCAGAUCUUCCUGCCGCUCUUGACUCUUCGCAACAACAGCAGCGCUCUCGUCUUCGCCUACCCGUCCAUCUCAUCAUCCCUUUCUGCACCCUUUGCUGCACCCGAAGUCGCCACUACCCGCGCCAUCUCCGGCUUUGCGGCUUCUUUGCGUCAGGAACUCCGCCUCCUUGAACAUGGCAAUGUCGACGUUGUGGAGCUUCGACUGGGAAAUGUCGACCUGGGCCCUUCGUACCGAAACGCUCAAAGCCAGAUCGCCGGUACUGAAAUCUUGGCCUGGAGCGCACAGCAGCGAGCUCUUUACGGCCAGCAGUAUCUCUCCAGUGUCGAACAGCGACCUGUUGCGUCUGCAGGUCCUAGUACUGUGCGCGGAUCGCCUGCGCGAAACCUCCACUAUGCCUUGAUGGAUGCUUUGGAGCCGGCUUCCGUGAAUUUCCUCGGCCGUCGGACUCGUAAAAAGGCGGUCAUGUACGUGGGUCGCGGUGCCCGGUCGUACAACUUCAUCGGUGCUUGGGUUCCCAGCGGUCUUGUCGGACUGAUGAUGGGGUAUCGAGGCGGGUAUUCCGUGCCCUCGGGCAGCCCCAGCAGUGGCAGCGAACCCAGCUGGUAG